AUGUCCCUCAGGAUCACAUGUCAGAGCGCCCGCGCCCUGCUCGCCGGGCAGGGCCAUCAGCCCUCUCUCUGUCUCAGGUUGCCGAACACCUCCCCACGGCACCCUCUGGCUGCCGUGUCGGGCCCCGCGGCAUCGUUCAGAUGUUCCACCACUCGCUCCCCGACCCGAGUCGUUUCUGAUGCCUCGCCUUCCUCCACUCCUCUUGGCAUCACCCAGCUGAGGACAUUCGUCUCCGUCACACGGCCGCGGUGGAAGAGCGAGGAGCGGGACCCAGGCUUGCCGUCCUCGUCGGCAUCCCAACCCGGAAAGAUUGCCAGCGUACUCAAAAAGGCACUCCCUGUUGCAGCCCAUGAGAACAUCUAUACCAUCCCUAACCUGUUGACUGCAUCCCGGCUUGUUUUGGCCCCAGUGAUUGGCUACUGCAUUCUACAUGACCACCAUGCCUGGACUCUGGGCUUGUUUGCCUACGCGGGCAUCACGGAUCUCCUUGACGGGUGGAUAGCCCGGAAAUGGAACCAGGGCACCGUCGUAGGCACUGUCAUCGACCCCAUGGCUGACAAGACCCUCAUGACGGUCUUGACGGUGGCUCUGGCGAUGAAGGGCGGCUUACCUGUUUGGCUAGCUGUUAUUAUCCUCGGUCGUGAUGUUGCGCUUGCCAUCUCGGCCAUCUAUUUUCGAUGGAUCUCUUUGCCACCGCCAAAGACCUUCAUGCGAUACUGGGACUUCUCGUUGCCGUCUGCAGAGGUACACCCGACAACCAUUAGCAAGUACAACACUUUCCUCCAGCUUGCGCUGAUGGGUCUUACGACAAUGGCGCCUCUGGUUCCUGUUGUGUCCGGUACGCCUUUGACUGUGAUGCAGUAA